AUGUCGUGCCGAGAGCUUUUUGUCCAGACUCUCUGCCAUGGACUCUUCUGGCUAGGCUUCUGCCAUUGCAUCCACGACGGCAUGCUGCCGUUCUGUGAAACACUACUGUACGCAAGUCUGAGUUACAUGCUGUGCACCGUGUGGCCGACGCUGGUGGACGCUGCAGUCUCACGAAUUGCCAGGGUGCUUACCAAGAGAGCGCGUGGCAGCAAGCCCUGCCGGCGGAUCAAAGGCAGGCGGUACAAACCAUGCCGUGGCAGGCGGCGGCAACGUCGCAGGAAGAAGGCAUGGACUCGGUUGUGGCAUUGGAGCCGGAAGCUCCGCAAUCGACUCGCCCAUGCGCUGCAUGGUAACGGACCUGGGCCAACCGAUGCCAGUAGCAACAGUGGAACUGCCUCCGGCGGGAACACUGCAACGGAACAGCCGGGAGCAAGCUAUACUGUUGAAGCACGUGCCCAAAGGUUGCGGAGAGUGCCGGUCGACAUCCCCGGCGAUGGGUGGUGUCUCCUUCAUGCAGUGAGCUGGUACUUGGAACGGCACGAAAGCCACGAGCCAGAGUGGAGCGUGCGGAAAGCGGCGGACACAUACGUGCAGGCAUUGGAAUUUCUAGUCCAGCAAUUCGACGGCCCCAGUGCCGCGGACAUUAACAUUGCUUGCAUGCCCGACCAGCCCGCCGAGCUGGAACUGCAUCGCCGAUUCUUGGAACGCCGGGGCAUCCUCUUGCCUGAUGAGCUUCCGCAAGGGUUGCUCGUGCUUUGGAGCAAGCUGACGGCAGUGUUGGAAAUGCCGAACAUGCUGGAUAGCAUCCAUCAUGGCACCAGCGUGGAGGUGUGGGCACUGACAAAGGCAUUUGACUUUGAAGUGCUUGUCUGGAGUACAGACGUGGAUGCCAACUACUGGAUUGCAACGAUGGAGCGAGUCACUGACGCGAAAGCGCUGCGACUGGCUGAGCUGCAUCCGCAUGCCUUGCACCUGGUGCACCAACCCAUGGGUCACACCGGACACUAUAGCUUGCUGUGGGAAGAUAGGCCACCCGUUUCGGUGUGGCAACCAACACCAUGGUUGCAGAUAUGGCACAGGGAGGGGGCACAAGCCUUGCAACAGCAUUUGGGUAUGAUCCGCGUGCAACCUUCGCGGGGCGAGCCGGCAGAGCAACCCAACCAGCCGAAGGCGUCGCCUGCCACCGCAGAAGCGGCGGCCGAGCCGAGCAAUCCGACGGCAUCCGACCAAGACCCGUGGCCCGCACCGGCCACGCCACCUUGCAGCAGCGGGUCAGAAGUGGGCUUUGCUGACACGGAAAGUAUCGUGUCGUGGAAUUCACACCAAUCGAGUGAAGGCUCCAGUGCCGCACCCAGCCUAGCGCUGGAACCAGAGCGUGCAUGGUGCACGCUGGAAGAUCAAUACUUGGAACAAAUUCAGACCAUCAGCCGGCAGUUUCGUACCAAACCGUUGCUGCCACCAUCCGUGCCACACGUUCCGGUGGAGUUAGCCGACAGCAUGUCCGGCGUCCCGUAUCCAGCCUGCCACUGUGCCUUUGCAGGUUGCACGUGGUGCAGCGACGCACAGCCGUGCGUGGACGCAUUGCUCUUGAAAGAUCGAUGGAUUGUGCAAGGAGUCACUUGGCACUGCAGCAGCGGAACCUGCUGCAACGACACCGCUGCCUGUCUGUGGGCGCAUUUACACAGCCAGCAUGCACUCGCUUUUCAGCACUGCCCAGGAGAUCUUGUGAGUUCUUACAUCGCAGCCUUGAAAUGUGUCGAAGAACAAUCGGUCCCGGCCGUUGGAUGGAGUGUGGAUCGUCGCACUUUGCGACGCUUGCAUGCCGAAAGACAAGAAGAGCAAGCCGUUGCUCUCAUCUGUGCUUGCUGUGCCGCCGUCCUGCCCAGCGGACCGCGCAGCGACAUAGGGUACUUGAGCGUGCAAAAUAUCUUCGAGGCCCUGACACCCGAGAGCUUCCAACAGAAUUGGGAUUUGAUGCAAUAUCGCACUUCCUAUGGCUCCCAUGCAGCCGUCCAAAGGCAACUCCACGGAGCCGAAUGGCAGCGGACCUUGCCACAGACAUUGUUUCAAGGGCAAUCCAUCCUGUGCUGCCCGGAAGAUCUCCGGUGCAGCGCCUGCCCUGCCGCUGGCAUGCAGCUCUGCCGCCAGUGCGAGCUGCCACUGUGCCGAGCCUGUUGGAAACGAAUGCGGCAAGGUGCAUUUAGUGGCAUACCGGCUGCCCUCUGCAACGACAACUUCUACGGUUAUCCGGCCGAGCUCCUCUACCAGCAUCGGGUGCGAUGGAUAGAGACAGCGGCUGCUUCGCCACUGUGGACUUCCAUGGUGAGCUUUUACCUUGAAGCAGACCGCGGGCACGUCUUAGAGGAGCCGGUGCAUCGAGCCGAGCACCGCCUAGCCAUCCGCGGCAACAUCAGUGCCGUGAGCUUGCCGUGGGAAGAGAUCUACGGCCACUUCGCACAGAAGACACCCCACGAUCGCAUUGCAACCUUGCCGCAUGCGCUCCCUGCCUUGCGCGCAAUGGUGAAAGUAACGGUGAAGGGCAUGCGGCAUGCUGAGCUCGUGGAGUGGGUGGCCGGUGCCCAUCUUAGGCCUCAUGUGGUUGUUGCUCUUUUAGAGCACUUAGUGGAUAUACGCCAUCCCAUGCUCGCAGCCUAUGACGGCACGCCAGCCGAACUGAAGCAGCUGUUCCGAUCCAAAGUGCAGCGAGAGUAUGGCACAGAAGAAAUUUGUCCAGUGACCGUCGAAGAGCAAGCCGACUUAGCCGGUGCAGCACCCACGCCACCUCAGACAAAGAAUGCAACCCCAGAACCAGCAAACCUCCCACAGUUUGGCGGGGAAGCCUUCUUGGGCAACAGCCGACCCCAAGUUCUCAGCCCGGAUUACACCAGCAGCCAGGCAGGUGACACGACCACCCAAGAAGUGACGCGCCUCGCGCAAGUCACCCCGAAGGUCACCAUCCAGACAGGCACCGAAUUCUGGGAUCAAUGGCAAACCGACUACCUUGCCUGGGCGUUCCCAUUCAGUAUCCCAUCCCCAGUCGGCGGGCCGGACUUUCCCAACAAAGAUCGUCCGCGACGCAAAGCCGACGCAGCGGUGCUGGGGCCAGUCCCACACCUACGCUCCUUAGCCCGGCGCGUCGAAUCUUCGCUGCGGAACUCGUGGGAUUUAAUUUCAGGCCUACGUCGGUUGACGUUCAAAUGGCAUUCGGUCUGCCAAGCGCCGCUCUACCGCGCUUGGCGAUCAAAAACAAAUGCCUUGCAAGCCACGCCGGCGCAUGAAUGGGUUGAGGCGGCCAAAGCCUUGUAUCACAAACUGCAAAAAGGCAAGUAUUUGACACCCGGCAAGACACUAAAGCCAAUCAACUACGAUGCCCGCAAGCUGUGGUUUGCCGAAGAACCCAUCUUCAUGACCUUAUCUCCCACAACGCGGCACAAUGCCUUGUGCUUGCGACUCUCGCGGUACCGACAGCACGACCCGGGUGCGGGGCCGCUUUCUGGCAAGCACGUGCCACGCGUCUGGGAAAAAGCCGAGGUGAUUGUGCCAGUCCCUGAGUACGAGACGCGCCGGCAAACUACCGUUCGAGAUCCAUGGGCCGUCGACACAGCCUUCCAGUGCAUGGUUCGUUUUGUGUUUGCGGAGCUUCUUGGUAUCCGCAUGUGCUUCCGCUGCCCCAAUUGCAGCUGUCGCGAUGCUCUCGGACAGUCGACACAUCCCAUGGGAGGCAUUCUUGGCCUGGUGCUCGGAUUCUGCGGAGCCAUAGAAUAUCAAAAAAACAGCAACCCCCAUUUUCAUGCCAAUGUAUACGUCGCCACGGUGUGGCAACAGCCCCUGAAAAAAUUAGCUCAAAAAAUACAAGCUACGGCCAUUACCCUGGAAGAACUGUUUCGGUACCAAGCCUGGCUGCACAAUGAAAGCCACUUCAACCUCGAACAGCAUGAAGCCCUCUUUCCAGCGUUGGAAAAAAAGUGGAUGCAAAACUUCCCUGGGACGGAGCAUGACAGGUUAUGCCUUUGGCCAGCUUUUGUUGCCGCAGACACCACGCCUUCGCCGUGGCUGCCCCAGGUUGCCGACGGCGGGCCGCUCCGCGUAGGGCGUUGCUCAUCGCCGGCCCAUGCCGCCGAAUCGCAGAACUCAGCUGCCCCGACUGCCGCAGCGAACCCAAAGGAUCUGCAGACUGACGCCAUUCGAUACCGGCAACUCUACCAGACAGCGGUGCAAGUGAAGCUCUCACACCAGCAGCACCACAUGCACACUUGGGAUGCCAAACACCAAUGCCACGUGCCGCUGCCUGCUUGCCAAAAGAAGGACGCGCCGAACAAAUGCAAGCAUGGCUUUCCAAAAACCAUCUGCGACGUGGCGCGCGUCGUGUGCCGGGGGAAUGCUCGCAAAUUUCGUCAGAGUACGGCUGGAAGACGAAAUGCACUUGGCUGCGUCCUUAAUCCACGUGACAACCAAUGGCUGUCAGGCACUAUGCAUGCAUUUACCCUGAUGUUCAUGGGCAACAGCCAUACCGGCAUCAAUUUCCGCAUCCCGCUAUUGCCGGAGACGCAUGAGCUGCAACAAGCCGCCAAGCACCUGUCAUAUCUCGACAUUACCCCCGAGAAGGGCGCGGAAGCCAAGCACUACCGAAAAGUGUUGCAUCGAGUGUGUGGUGACUUGGAAUUUCGCUGUUCCGUCCGCCCCCUGACGGAAGAAGUCAUGUUGGCCGGCUUCUGGGACGGCGACGAACCCACGUCUGCCGAGUGCAUUCGCUCCUUUGCCGUCAUUCCCUUUGUCGGUUGUGAAUGGAUAGCCCAGUACGACAAAGCCAAAGAGGUGCGGCAUCGUGUCAAGCCAACCCAUCACCGACAGGCCCACCUGAAAAGCAGCGAUCUCUAUGGCUGGCGGGGCCAAGAUCCGCGGCUACGAUAUUUGAGCCCUUGGGAAUUCACCGCACUCUGGGAAGUGCAACGGCUGCAGCCACCCUCUGACUUAAGUGAAUGGUGCCCAGGAUGCGGCGCAGGCCCCGAGCCGGCAGACGGGUGGCAAUUUGGGCGCGAUUACAGGUGGAAGCAACACAUCCUGGCCGAUAACUCCAAACACAUUGUCCCCUUGCCUAGCCGCGCCAGCACCGCCGCAGGAGCAGACUACUACUUCGUCCGGCGGCCCGUGCCCUUAAUUCCGUACCCAACUUCAUGCCCACUGCCCAAAGCCGACAUGAGUAAAGACGAGCAAGCCCGCCUGCUGAACAUCUAUCUCCGCCCAUGGACUUUGGCCGGUGACGACGCCACGUUGCAUGUGCCACAUAUUCAGGCCUUGGACAUCCCCAUCACCGAUCGCCAAAAGAAGCCUUCCCAUCGGUGUGUCGGAAAAACUUCGGUGGGGUGCCGCAGUCACCACACGGCAUGGAAAGACUACAUUCGCCACCACAUCGUGUCUGCAAAUGCCGCCCGCACCAUCUCAAAUUUCUUGGCCGCUGCAGAGUGUUCGCCGGACGACGUCGAGGAAGCAACCGUCGACGAAGCCAGGAAGCCGGACAGGGAAGUCGACACAAGCUGGGUUGACAUGACGACCGUGCAACGCCUGACUGCCGGAGAAAGGUUCCAAUACUCCAAACGGUCGGCCCAGACCGUCCAGAGUCUUGUGCACGACUGGACAACACCGCAGACAAGCACGAGCAACCAAGGGCCGCGGCAGUUCUCGACCGGCCUGCCAGACCCCGGCCCAGCACCAGCAACCGGGGCAGCUGGCACAGAUCCCUUCGCCCAACAAACGCAACCGCCACGCCCGGUGGCCACGAACUACGGGACCUUCAGGUUGGACGCGGCCCGGACGUGGUUGCAAGCUUUGAACCGGCCCGGGAUGACGCCAGCCCCCAACCCACAACAAAAGCAAGUUCUUACAGCCGUGGUGGAAAGGUGCCACGCCGAAGCGGUCGAGGAAAGGGCCGACAAGCAGAAUCGAUCAGAACCAUUUCGAGCAAUCUUGCAUGGAGUGCCAGGCGCAGGGAAAUCCCAAACCUUGCACUGGCUUCGCACGUUUUUCGAAACGGUCUGCGAUUGGCAGCACUUGCACGAGUUUGCCUUCGUAGCCCCACAGAACACGCAAGCGGCCCUGAUAGAUGGAAUCACCAUUCGCUCCUUCGCGGAUAUCCGAGUGCAAGGCAAGAAGCAUAAAAAGGAGACGGCUUUUGGACCAGACCACUUCGUCAAGUACCAACAUCUACGCUGGCUUAUCAUUGACGAAUGCAGCACAUCAGCCUUGGAAGUCCUGGCC